AGGCUCUGUCCCACGCGCCUGCCAACGGUGAGGGGUCCCUAUGCCCGAUUGCCACCACAGCGUCCCCGUCACGGUGCUCCCAGUGUGGCAGGGCUCCAUGCCAGAGGUCUUUGCUCCCACUGCCCUCCCCGCAGCACCUUAAGGACACAGGAUGGGGACACUCCAGCAGCAGUCCUGGGUUGGGUCCCUGCAUGCCUGCCUGGCUGGGGGGACGGGGUGGUGGUUCAGCGGGUUGUGGGGUGGCCGUGUCUGGAGGGCAGCUGUCUUGCAGGGCACCACAGCGGCACGUGCCAUGGGGGACUGGAGCCUGCUGGGGCGGCUGCUGGAGAGCGCCCAGGAGCACUCGACAGUGGUGGGGAAGGUCUGGCUCACUGUCCUCUUCGUCUUCCGCAUCCUGGUGCUGGGGGCGGCUGCUGAGCGGGUCUGGGGCGAUGAGCUGUCUGGCUUCUCCUGCGACACGCAGCAGCCCGGCUGCCAGAACGCCUGCUAUGACAGCACCUUCCCCAUCUCCCACCUCCGCUUCUGGGUCCUGCAGAUCAUCUUUGUCUCUACACCCAGCCUUGUGUACCUGGGCCACAUCCUGCACCUGGUGCACCUGGAGGAGAAGGCGCAGCAGCAAGCAGCAGCAUGGGCCAGCAGUGGGGCCAGGCGACAGCGCCCCAGGCAGCCCCGGCUCCCCAAGGGGGACACGCGGAGACGGGUCUGCAUGCGGGGGGCCAUCCUGAGGACAUAUAUCUGCAACGUCGUCUUCAAGGCUCUCUUGGAAGUGGGAUUCAUUGUGGGCCAGUAUGCCUUGUAUGGAUUCCAGCUGAAGCCCCUGUACACCUGCAACCGCUGGCCCUGCCCCAACACCGUCAACUGCUACAUCUCCCGGCCCACUGAGAAGACCAUCUUCAUUCUCUUCAUGCUGGGGGUGGCCUGUGUGUCCCUGCUGCUCAACCUGGUGGAGAUCUACCACCUGGGUCUCACCAAGUGCCAGCAAGGGCCAGGCCCCAAGUCCCGCAUCCUGCCCCGUCCUGGUGGCCUGGCGGGGUCCCACCGCACCCACGUCACUCUGCCCAGUGGUGGCAGUCCCGUGGCUGCUGGCAGACCCCCGCAAGGCCUGGCACCCCUGGGGAACACGAGUGCAUGGCUGGGGGUGGCCAGUGGGUCUCACGGGAAAGCACGAGCGGCAGACUUGGCAGUUUGAGCAUGGCCUGUGGAGAUGCUCAGGGAUGUGUGAUGCAUGGGUGACCACAGUUGUGGUUCUGUCUCUGGGCCCUGCCAGGCAUAUGACAUAGACCCCAGGGCCAGCACAAGGGUUGGGCAUGUCCCCUGGGACAUGGCUCAGCCGCUCCUUGCAUCCUGGGAGCAGCAGGGCUGAGUAGGGCUGGGCUGGGGCCUGGCAGCACUGGGGAGAAAAUAAACACCCACUACACCUCACUUGA